AUGACGGCUCCGAGUAUGGAGCCUGCGAUUCAGCAGCUCCUGAACCAACAUGAGUUCUUGGAGGUGAUCGAAACCGGCCAAGACGAGAACAAGCGUGUGCGUGUGAAGUGCCAGUUGACGCAGCACGAGAUGCUCCUGCGCGCUGACGUCAUUGCGACGCACCUCGCGUCCAAGAAAUUCCGAAAAGCUUGGGACUGGUACUGUCACGACUACUCGCAGUACGAGCCGUACAUUGUCCCGUACCGGAGACUGCCCAAGAGUUUGUUCUGCAACGUUACGAGGACGAUCUUGAACCGCAUACCGGCAGAAGUGGAGAAGCACGUGCAGGGAAAACGGUACAAGCGGAUGAAAGAGCGCGUGAAGGUUCAAGUGAUCAAGACCGGAGACAACGGGGACGACGACCAGACGUUGUCGAGUCGGGACUUUGAUGCCGACCUUUUCGAGUUUGAGAACAGUCAAGUGGUCUACUCGGACGAGGAGGAGGAGGAGGGAGAUGAGGAAGACGAGGACGACGAGCUGGAGACAAUUGAGAAAGCGAGUCUGCAGAAAGAGGACGACGACAUGGCGGACUUUUACCCUGAUGAUGAGUCUAAUGCAGGCAACGACACCAAAGCUAUGGACACUGACACAAAGGCUGAUGAUGACACUGACGAGAUUGUGGAGGAGAAGCCUCCGAAGAAGCGCCGUACUAAGAGCAGUUCAGGUUCUAAAACGACACGACACAGGUCGAAGAAGGCUAGAAAGGACAAGACUUGUGCAUCGACGUGA